UCCGUUGGCUCCGGGACGGACCCAGACCCACCCAAUGCUCAACCGGAAGCUCCUCCCACCAGGCAGCGCAGGAACGAGGCCUUUGUAGGAACUAUUCAGUGGAGCGGCGGGACACUUUGUCUUGAAGCACGCAGGAAGCGGAAGUCGGUGGAAGAAGCGUGCAUUGUGCAAAUUUGACUGAUUAUACUUGGAGGAUGAGCGUCAGUAGCCUCCUUCUGACAGGAGGCAGGUGGCGAUGUUUUCCAGCUCUGUUAGAGUCAUCCUUUUUCCAGACCCUACACAAUUCCUGCUGUCGGAAGAAAUCCACGACCCCUACAAAAAGUAUUCCCGUUGUUGGUAUGUGUGAUGAAAAUCCUAAGGAGUCUGAAAAAGCACUUGACAAACUCUUUUCUGCAAAACAACAGGCUUCCAUCUUACAUGUGCUGAAUACAGCAUCUGAUAAAGAACUUGAAGCAGUCAGGCUACUUCGUGGAAGAAGGUCCAACAAUAUUGUAGAACACAGAGAAAAGUUUGGGCCUUUUCAGAAUCUGGAGAGUUUAAUGGAUGUGCCCCUGUUCCAGUAUAAAACUACCAUUCAAGUUUGUAACUCUAUUCUUUUUCCCAAUGCUGGGAAAAAAAGAGAGAACCAGGAAAACCGAGUGUUGAGAAACCUUAUCAAUCCAGAAAUAGGAAGAGAAGAACUUAAGGCAGCUAACAGUAUUGUGUCCAUUGUUUUUGGUACUCGGAAAAUUGCCUGGGUGCACCUAGAUCGUAAUUUGGCAGUGCUGGACUGGCAGCAAAAUGAAUGUUGCCAGCUGAUUAAAGGAAAAUACCAGUCAUCUGUCUAUUUUCAAAAGAUUUCUUCGAUCAUUUCAAAGAUACCUGAAGCUGACUUCUAUGUUCUGCAAAAAAUAGGAAUUUCAGUUCAGAACUUAUCUCUGUUUCCUGCACUAUUACAUUUUCAUAUCAUAGAAGCCAUGCUGUAUACCAUGUUAAAUAAGACUUUUGCCCAGGAUGGCCGGCAUCAGGUGCUGAGCAUGAAUCGGAAUGCCGUGGGAAGACACUUCGAACUGAUGGUUGGUAACACACGGACGAGUGGAAAAGAACUAGUGAAGCAGUUCCUCUCAGACUCCGUACUGACGGCAAGACCUCGGGUAUUCUUCCCACCUGAUAAGAUAGUCCGCUACAGACAGAUGUUUUCUUCUACUGAACAAUAUAGAAUAGAAGAGUUAUAUGACUCACUGUUACAAGCUAUUGCCUUCUACGAAUUAAUAGUUUUGGACCGUGUACCUAAAGCCAGGUGUUCUGAAGAUCCACAUUAACAGAAAACAUGUUUGAGUGUAUUUAAAUAUUUAAAGUUGGGCAUUUGGCUAGUGAAUGGUUUACAAUAAACCAAAGAUAAAUCAGUAGAUACCAUAUGAAAUCCUGUGCCUUUUUGGUUAAGUAUUAAACAGUAAGGUGCCCCCUAAACAACAAAAACAAGCUGUUAUCUCCCUUUAGAAGCAAGUACUCAGGGGUCGGGUGGUAGCGCAGCAGGUUAAGCGCAUGUGAUUGGUGCAAAGCUCAAGGACCAGAGUAAGGAUCCCGGUUCUAGCCCCCAGCUCCCCACCUGCAGGGCAGUUGCUUCACAAGCGGUGAAAGCUGUGAAGCAGGUCUGCAGGUGUCUUUCUCUCCCCCUCUCUGUCUUCCCCUCCUCUCUCCAUUUCUCUCUGUCCUAUCCAACAAUGAAUGACAUCAACAACAAUAGUAACCACAACAAGGCUACAACUACAAGAACAACGAGGGGGGGGGGGAAUGGCCUUCAGGGACAGUGGAUUCAUAGUGCAGGCACUGAGCCCCAGCAAUAAGCCUGGAGGCAAAUAAAUAAAUAAAUAAAUAAAACAAAUACACGUGGCGCAAAGCGCAAAGAUCGGCUUAAGGAUCCCGGUUGGAACCCCCAGCUCCCCACCUAAAGUAGGGGGUCGCUUCACAAGCGGUGAAGCAGGUCUGCAGGUGUCUUUCUCCAUCUUCCCCUCUCUGUCCUAUCCAAAAACAAUAAAUAACAAUAAUAAUAACUACAGCAAUAAAACAAGGGCAACAAAAGGGGAUAAACAUUUUUUAAAAAGCAAAUACUAUUUGAAGAAUUUGCAUAAUUUUAUUAAUAGGGAAUAAUGACUUUUCUGGGUAGUGUUCUUUGCAGGAAUAAAGCUAAUUCUAAUUGGUAACAAGGCUGUGGAAUUCUCAGUCUAUCCGACCCAGAAUAAACAAGUUUUGUCUGUUAGGAUCAUCUUCCCCAACCUGCUCAUUGUAUUUAUUGUAAAUAGGGUUAUCAGCUGAGGCUCAGUGCCUAUACUACAAAUCUACUAUUCCUGGUAGCUAUUUUUUCCUUCCAUUAUAUUUUAUGUGAUAGGACAGAGAGAAACUGAGAGGGUAGGAGAAAGACACGUGCAGACCUGCUUCACCACUUGUGACCUGCAGGUGGGGAGCGGGGGCUUGAACCUGAGUCCUUAUGCAUGGUAAUGUGUGUGUUCAACUAGGUUCACCGCCACCACCCCUUCCUUUUUUUUUUUUUUUUUUUUUUCUUUUUUGGCUAUCAGGGUUAUUGCUGGCUUGGAGCUUGCACAACUCCACUGCUCCCGGCAGUCAUUUGUUUUUUCUUUCCUCUAGAUAGAAGGUUAGAGAUAGAGAUGGUAAAAACACUGCUCUACCAUCCAGAGCUUCCCCCUCCCACCCCGGCAGUGCUGUCCAGAGUGUUUCCAUGUGUUGCCGAGACUCAAAUCCAUGGGCCCACGUACAGAAGGCUAUAGCCCUAGCCCUAAGAAGACAUCUUUUCAGAAAAGUAACACUGGUGGGGUUUUUUUUUGUUCUGUUUUCCAUUACAUUUGCUUUAGUUAAUGCCCUCCUAUCUUACCUAGUCUCAAUUCAAGUUUCUUUGAUGUCAAUUUAAAAAUGAAAUGUACUUAUUUGGAGAAGGAAAAAAAUAAUAAACCUGAAAUCUUCACUUUUUGCAUC